UGUCCAAGAUUUCGGACAUUUUCGCCACUGUGCGGCGCUGGGAAUCGGGCAUUAAACAUCAUAACAUGAAAAUUAGAUUGCAUUUUCGUUAACUGCGAGUAGUCUCAGCAGGAUUGAAAAAUCAUCUUGAUCGUCAUCCGAAAAAUUUAAAAAUUGCGGCAUCGUUUGAAGACUGUUCAUCCGACACGUGAUUAAACGAUCGAUUGGUAUAGAAGGGGGAAAUCGGGGGACACUUCAAUGGCGCUUUGCGUAUCGAUAAACCAUCCGCUGUAGACAGAGACCAUCGCGUUUCAAAAGCUUUUCCUUGGCUGUGGUUCUGAGAAUGCGUUAACGUUUGUCUUCGGUAAAAAUACAUACAGUUGAUGAAACCGUGUUAUACAGGUAUUGUGGGAAACUCUGACCUAACCUAGAAAUAAAAUGCUUGGACUGUUAGUCACCUCGUUUAAGUCCCGAUUCUCUCCAAGAAUUUGAUUACCACGUUCUCGUGUCGAUUACCGCUCGUUAUAGCGAGCACAUGGCAUCAUGAAAAUUACCGUGAAGAAGCUCCACGGAAAAGAAUGCGUUGUUGACAUUAUGCCCUCAGACACGGUGCUUCAGCUGAAACAAAAGAUCAGCGAUCUUUUAGACAUAGAGGUACCGCAACAGAAAUUAUUGCACACUGGCAAAACACUAGCUGAUACGAACCCUUUGAGCUUUUACCCGGAUAUUAAAGAUGGCAGUAAACUGAACUUGUUGGUUAAGGCCGAGGAAGGACCUAGCAAAUGGACGAUGCCAGUUCGUAAAACAGGGACGAACGUUUUGAGAGAUGAGAUAUCCAGAGUUUUGAGGCAUUAUUACACAGAGCCGGUCACGGAAUCUAUAGUCAAUGAAUUAAUCGAAGACCUGGAGAACAAAGUGAACAAUCUUAGCUACGACGACUUAGAACGAUUAGCAACCGCGUUGCUCCAGGACCAAGAGAACAUAGAUUAAGAAUACUUGGAUUUUCCAACUUUGCUUAUUAUUUGAUUACUGUAAUACACUUUAUUUAAUUAAAACGUUGCAUGGUUGUAUUCCGAACGAAAAAAAAUUCGUUAGCACGAUCUUGAGAUAGACCGCGGAGAUGAUACACAAGAAGAAACGUAAUUCUGAAUGUAUGAAAAAAUCGAUUUUAUUAAAACAUACAAGUAGAAUUGUAACUGCACUUCAGGAAAUGGACUCCUAUGGAUCCGCCAUGUCCAACUGACGAAAAUACCUUGCUACUAGGCAUAUGAAUAAAUUCAGUGCCCCAAUUUCGUGUACUUCCAAGUUUAUCUAGAAAAAAGAAACAGAACAGUAGCAAAAACUAAUGGAGUUCACGGGCAAAUUAAGAAUUUGCUCGAAGUUCAACGAAUCGUUUUAUACCUUCUCUUAAUAUCGAUCGUAAUUUCAAUUAAUCUUCAUUUAAAUUAUUUCCCGCGAUUACUCGAAUGAUUACGUAAAUGGCAAAUUUUAUAUACUACUAUGCAAUAAAAUUGAUUUGUUAAAAAAUUGAAAAA